UUGGAAGAAUCAGAUCGGUGUCCCGUCUUAAGGAGAACCACACUUAGUGGGUGUAUCGUUUACAGGGAGAUCUCAGGUGCUACAGUGCUGAACACAGUACCGAAGUUUCACGGUGACAGCAUUUGUGAUGAUUUUAUAUAUCUGACAUAUUUAUGCUGACAAUUUUCAUUGUGUAUGCUAAUAGACCGUGAUUUGAUGAUGAUAAUUGUAUCUUUUUAACUUCACUUCAUAACAAACAAAAUCGUCAUUAUUUGAUAAGAACUAAAGGCUGAACAGGACAGAUAAGGAAACUAUUCCAAUAUGAACGCCACUGCCUACUCUCCCUACCAGUUCUCACACGGGUUCUGGCCGUUCUCCACGUGUAAUGUCAAGCCACUGGAGCUUCCCAUCCAUCCUGCAUUCAUACACAGUCCUUAUCCGAAUUUUAAUGCGCAGUGUGGAAACUCCGGCACGACGUCGGGCACAGUAAUCCGGAAUAAAUCCGACUCAUUUACAAUUGACGCCAUCCUGAGUCGGGAUAGAGUGGAUGAGGUCCAGCACUCUCCGGACGGAAACCCCGGACAAUACUCGCCAGUAAAUCGUCAUGGAAAUAAAGAAAGUUCAUCAGUGUCUCGAAGACAUGCGCGACUCCAUGAAAAUUCUCAUCCCUAUAGGUCACCAAGCGACAGAAACGUAGCAACACCGACCUCACACCCGGUCAGGAAACAGCUUGACAACAGUCCAGUGAAAGACAAAGCAGAUACCACCUUGAAGGAGUCGAGUCUAAAAUCAGACUGGAAAACCGGGAAAGGCAAACGUAUCCGAACUAUAUUCACCCCAGACCAACUGGAGCGGAUGGAGGCUGAGUUUGAGAAACAACAGUACAUGGUUGGCACGGAAAGGUAUUAUCUGGCAUGCUCACUUAGUCUGACGGAGGCCCAAGUAAAAGUGUGGUUCCAGAACCGGCGCAUUAAGUGGAGGAAGAUGAACUUGGAGAAACAGCAAGCCAAGUUGGCGUCUUUUGACUUAUUUCGGGACGUGGACAUCGAGACAGACUCGAUCGUCAGUGACGAGGACGACAACAGACCUCCUCGGUAGUCAUUGGCCAAUUCAACAUUUGACCCGAGACCGUUUCUAAUAGUGGUACAUUAACACAUGACCUCUAACCCCUACAGCGAAUUUGUGAUCACGAUAAGGACGGAGCGUUACCUUGGAUACUGAUUCUGUAGUGAAACGCAAUAGCAAUACAACAUACGCAGAUGACCUCACAAAGAAGUGUUUUGUUUUAACAAAUAAUAGUCAUUCAAUCUGAACAUUGUCAGAUACAUUUUGGUGGCUUUAUGUUGUUAAUGAUUUGUCUUGCAAUAUUUUGAAAUAUGACGAUGACAUAUGCAUAUAUAUACGCCACGGGCAUUGAAAGUCAGUAGCUUGUUCUAUUAAGUGACUUGAGAAACAACAGAAAAAGUUGUAAAAGCUUUACCGGAUGUUGUGUCUGCGCACCUACCGCAAAAUAAAGACCGACUUCCGGUGUAUGUUUUCUGGACACAUUCUCCUUGCUGUGUAUAGUAGUGGACUAUAUGUGCAGGGGACUUCGUUGCGGCUUCUCUAUUACCGUAUGAUAGAGAGCCGUAGGCCCCUAGACAUUGUCUGACGUGAUAACUCGCAUAGUGCUGCAAAUUGUGUGGAACGAUGUAUGAAUAUAUAUAAUGAAGUUGUUUAUCUUGUAUAAAUUAUGUGAAUCGAAAUUAUAUUUA